AUCCUGCACCACACCAACAACGUGUUCCAGCUGGUGAGCAAGACACGUGCGUCGGACAAUGACGUGGUGGAAGAUGGCGGGGGAGAGACACAGGACUCAGACCUCAGAAAGUCCCGGAAGACCAGCAAGGGAGACAAGGAGGACACAGAGAGCACGACGUCACAGAUCAAUCUGCUACAGCUGAAGGGACAGAUGAUGUACAUGUCGGAGUGGGACUGCAUCAUGUUCCUGGGCACACCUAUAAUGAGCUCCCUUGACGACAUGUUUAAGAUCGGCCUCUACAUCAACGACCUCAGCAUGCACGACUCCAGCAGAGACCUGGUUUUGGCGGGAACUCAACAGUCGGCGGAACUGAAGCUAGCUCUAGACCAGGAACAAGAGAAGAGUCGUCUGCUGGAACAAAGCAUGGUACAACUGGACCAGGAGAUGCAGAAGACGGACGCUCUGUUGUACCAGAUGAUCCCAAAACCUGUGGCCGACAGGCUGAGGAAGGGAGAGCCUUCAGUGGAGACUUGCCAGUCUAUGCUCAACGCUAUGUACACAGAGUUUGACCAACUGAGCGAGACACACAGUGUCUACAAGGUGGAGACAAUCGGUGACGCGUACAUGGCGGUGUCCGGAGCGCCGACAGUGACCAAGUACCACGCCCUGCAUAUGUGUGACAUGGCCCUGGACAUGCGCGACUCCAUGCAGCACCUCACCAACCCCGCCAACAACGACAGUAUGAAAAUCCGGAUAGGCGUUCACACGGGAACCACUGUGGCAGGCGUGGUAGGCAUAAAGAUGCCUCGGUACUGUCUCUUCGGGGAUACCGUCAAUACAGCUUCUCGUAUGGAGACGAGUGGAGAGGCGAUGAAGAUUCACAUCAGCGAAACGACAAAGUUAGAGCUAGACGGAUACCCUUAUGACGUGGAGGAGAGGGGUUCCAUCCAGGUCAAG